GCUACGUCUACCUUCCCCCCGAAGCCGCUCGCCGCCAAGCUGAACGCACUCGCGAUGGCACAUACAAACUCAUUUCCUCCGAAAUUCCAUGGAAGGAUAGGUAUCAUUUUCUGAAGCAGAACGGUUAUCAACUACGACCGCGGUAUAAUCCUUCGUGGGAGCCCUCUUGGAAGGGAACAAAUCUGGAUCCAGCGUUCUGUGAGGACUAUGUAGUCUUGAGCACCUAUAACGUGACUGACGCUACGCGUCUUUCCGACAACUGUCGCGUUGCGAUAAAGGUGGUGAAACGGAGUGACCAAGAACUUCAAAUCUCGCAAUUCUUGACCUCUAUACAACAUCCUGCGAACCAUUGCGUUUCAGUUUACGGCACCCUUGACGACCCACUCGAUACGUCAACAUUGCUGAUGGUCAUGCAGUACCUGACACCUUGGAAUGAACCCGAGUUCUCCGUCUUAGGCGACGUUGUAGACUUCGUGACCCAAAUGCUCGAGGGUCUGGAAUUUCUCCAUAACCAGCAUGUGGCCCACCGAGAUGUAGCGUCUCUCAAUAUCAUGAUGAACGGAAGCGUCCUGUUUCCGCAAGGGCAUCAUCCAGUCUGGACGUAUCGAUCCCCGGACGCCGUAUACGACCUCACACCGCUACAGCGCAUGGACCAUCCGGUCCGGUACUUCUACGUCGACUUCGGACUCUCAGUGCGCUUCCAACCUGGCGCGUCAACGAUGGUCGUGGGCGACGUCGGCCGAGAUGCGGAGGUUCCUGAGCUUUCGUGGGACGUGCCAUACGAUCCGUUUAAGGCGGACAUAUACGCCCUGGGGAACCUCUUCGACAAGGAGUUCCAGCAGCGGUAUCACAGCCUUCAGUUUCUCCUGCCACUCAUCGAAUCCAUGAAACACAAACAACCCGAGCAGCGACUGACCGCGAGCGAGCUCGUGCAAAUAUUCGCGAGCACCCGGAAGACGCUCAACCCAAACGGCUUCCGCUGGCGUCUUGGCCCGAAAUCCGAGCCGGCGUAUGAGAGACUGUUCAACGACGGUGUCGCAGUUGCGAAGGAGAGCAUCAACCAGCUGCGGCGGCUGGUACGAUCGUAGACCGAUCAAAUGUUGUAUACCUAGUCAUCAUCUAUAUCACCUCGCUAUCGCGCUUUGCAUGCUACAUCGACUUGAACCUCGCUGUGUGGUGCCACACCUGA